AUGGACGCCUUCGACCACGACUGCAGUGACUCCUCCGCUCCCUCAUGGCGUCUCAGCCCCACCAAGUUCCGCCUCCCUCCUCGCGACCACCACCACCACCACCCCAGCUCUCGCUUCUCCUGCCGCCACCUUCUCCCUGCUUCGACGUGCUGUGUCCUGUCUACAUCAUUCUCUGGCAACUUCUCUGGCGAGAGCGCCACCAUGUCUGGGAUCGACCUACUUUUACUUGGUCCGCGCUUUUGUAUGUAUGGAUGGAUGGAUGACUGGAAAGAGCGCAAGCUAGCAGAAUAUUACAAGAAACAGGAAAGCCUUUUGAAGGACAAUGAGAUAGAGGCCAUGACUGAGUCAGGGGUUCCCGGAAGCCUGACUGAGGAUGAAAUGAAGCAGCUCGCUAAGAGUGAAAGAUUUGCAAUCCAUAUUUCAAACUUGGCAAAUAUUGUGCUUUUCAUAGCAAAGGUCUACGCUUGUGUUGAGAGCCGAUCACUGGCAGUCAUUGCCUCAACAAUGGAUUCAUUCUUAGAUCUACUAUCAGGUCUUAUUUUGUGGUUCACGGCAAAUUCUAUGAGGAACCCAAAUUAUUACCAUUACCCCAUUGGUAAGAAGCGGAUGCAACCAGUGGGUAUUAUUAUCUUUGCCUCCGUGAUGGCAACUCUUGGCUUACAAAUCCUGUUGGAGUCUGUUCGAGAUCUCAUCUCCCAGUCACAACCAAAAACUGAUCGAGAGAAGGAGAUGUGGAUGAUUGGAAUUAUGGUUUCUGUUACAGCAGUGAAGUUUGCCCUUAUGGUUUAUUGUCGAAGAUUCAAGAAUGAAAUUGUCAGAGCAUAUGCUCAAGAUCAUCUUUUUGAUGUUAUAACUAAUUCUGUCGGUUUGGUGGCGGCUGUCCUAUCUAUCCGCUACUAUUGGUGGAUAGAUCCAGUUGGAGCUAUAAUAAUAGCAUUAUAUACCAUGACCACGUGGGCAAGAACGGUGAUUGAGAAUGUACGGGCGCUUGUUGGAAGAGCGGCCCCACCUGAAUUUAUAGCAAAGUUGACAUAUCUCAUUUGGAACCACUGUGAAGAGAUCAAGCACAUUGACACGGUGAGAGCUUACUCUAUUGGUUCUCUUUACUUCGCGGAGGUCGACAUAGUAUUGCCUGAAGACAUGCACUUGAAAAAAGCCCACAAUAUCGGGGAAACACUUCAGGAGAAGCUUGAGCGAUUGCCCAAAGUUGAGCGAGCUUUCGUCCAUGUUGAUUUUGAGUUUACUCACAGGCCAGAGCACGAGAAUAAAGUAAGAGGUUGAUGAUCAUAUGUGACCAUUUAGAUUUGGGUCGCAACUCCCUUUUCUUAUUCCGUUUAUAAUACUGCUUCUACUUGCAUUGGAAGGACAAGCCCAUGCAAAAGCAUCUUAUACCGACUGACAUGUACUGAAGAUCGAUGUUUGGUUAAAAGAAUGUUGAGAAUUACUUGUGAAAUAAUGCGCUAUCACUUUCUUCUUUCAUUGUGAUGACUGAACUACCUUCA